AUGAGUAAAAGGGUGAGAGAAGAAGAAGAAGAAGAAGAAGAAGAAGAAGAAGCAGAAACAGAAGCAGAAGAGAAUUCGCCCUAUAACAGACCAACUGGUGAUCAAUUAAUUUUUUGCAAUUAUCAUCCCUGCUUAAAUCUGGCUUUUGAAAACUAUCAACAAUAUCAUUUACACGUUCUUUCUACUCAUGAACAUACUUGUGAGUCAUGUCAAAAAGUGUUUCCCAAUAAGAACUAUCUUUCAUUACAUAUAGACGAGAACCAUAAUCCACUACUACAGAUAAAACAGGAAAGAGGUGAUAAAAUAUUCAAAUGCUAUACCGAGACAUGUAAGGCGGUUUUUUCCAAUACCAAAGAAAGGGAAGACCAUUUGAUUGAUGUACACAAUUAUCCUAUGAACUAUCCCUUUAAUAUAGUAAAUGAUGGAAUAUAA